UUGGUCUCUGCAUAGGGGUGUUAUGCAUUUCCUUCCAUGCCUUCUCCCUCUUCUUCAUCCUCCUUGCCAGUCCCCUUUGGAGGAGGAGGCGGAGACAUCAUUUGGGUGGCUGUUGCUGUGUCAUUUUUUUUGGUCAUCGGUCCCUCCCUGUUGUUUUCACUCUCUCUCUGUCCCAUCUCGGAGGGCUUGGUUGACAGACAGAUCAACAGACCGAAGUGGGAACACUCUUGCCAGUGUCAACUCAGGCCUUUUCCCCACGUUAUCUAAGCUCCGUGGACCAAGACGCUUUCAAAAAUUUGCCGAGGUUUGUGCUCCACACCAGCAGCGGCCAGAAAAAUGCUUCUGCAAGCUGACAACCAAUGUUGAAAGAAGGUGGCCACCUCUGGUGUUCUGUUCCAAGCGUCUGAUUCCCCCAGAAAUCCUCAGGUUUUAUCAUCUGUGGAGAACUCUAAAUAAGAGUGGGCAAUGGAUUACUCCACUGUGGGGGGUCAGGAUCCUGCCUCCCAAUAUUUGGAACCUUCCCAUUUACAACCUAAUGAUGACUCAGACCUCUUCUUUCCUGGUUCAGAGGAUGUUGAUUCUGGGGCCGUGCCCAUGUAUUUCUCUCGUAUGCCUGAAUCCUACAGACACUCUCCAGUGCGGCAAUUGUAUCCCAUUCUCAAUGGUUUGCAAUGGGUGGAUGGACACCCCUACAGCACAGCAGCUUGGGCCUCUAGCACCUCUGGAAAGCCCCACGCUGGGCUUCCGAUCUACACCUCAGCAACGUCCUCGUAUCAGACUCUCCAAGCCCCUUCCUCACCCAAGGACCUCACCCCCGACGACAAGGGGAGUCCCAGAUACCUGGAGAUGUUGAAGACAGAGCGGAUGAGCCCCACGCAUGCCGAACUGCUGCCAUUGGGAACUUCAACUGGUGCAGCCCAUACUGCUUAUGCUAUGGGGCAGGAGUAUGGAUACUUCCAGCCGGCUGGGAGCCCCCUGACAGCUGGGUAUUCCCCCAAAAUACGGGGGGCAGCACAACUCUCUCCUGCUGAGGCUCGAGAGUGUGUGAACUGCGGAGCCACAGCCACUCCACUGUGGCGGAGAGAUGGCACUGGCCACUACCUCUGUAAUGCCUGCGGUCUCUAUCACAAGAUGAAUGGGCAGAACAGGCCCCUCAUCCGGCCAAAGAAGCGCCUGAUUGUCAGCAAGCGAGCUGGAACCCAGUGCAGUAAUUGCCAAACGACAACCACCACCCUCUGGCGCCGCAACGUGAACGGAGAACCCGUAUGCAAUGCCUGCGGCCUCUAUUACAAGCUGCACAAUGUGAAUCGUCCCUUGGCAAUGCGCAAGGAUGGGAUCCAGACCCGGAACCGCAAGGUCUCUUCAGCCAAGUCCAAAAAGUGCAAGGGAAAUUCUGGGAAUGCUGCAAUAGCCACCCCUACCCCCUUGGAGAUGAUGCCACCUCCUCUGAUGGGGGAUGAAACUGCUGCCCUCUAUACUCUCAGCCCCAUGAUGCUGCCAGGACAUUUGCUCCCUUUUGGAUCCAAUCCACACCUUCUAGGAAGUCUGCAAGGCUAUCCUCCACAGGCUUCUCCUGCCCCUCAUGGCUCCCCUGGGGUUGUCUCUGCACUGGGGUAACCUAUAACCACACAACACCCACAUCAUUCAUGUACAGUGACUCUGGGACGAUAAGCAAGGAGGGUGCAUCUCUCCACUGAUCAUUUUUUUUGGAGCAACCACAGUUGCUUGCAGCAUGGGCCCCUUGGAAAGACAGAAAAUAAUAACAACGGGAAGGCGCCCUGAUCCCUCAGCUCUUCAGAGAAGACAGAGAUAUAUACUAUGGGGCAGUUCCCUCAAGCAGUGGAUGAGGUGGUGAUGAGGUGGUGGGGUCAAGCUCUUUCCAGACUGACUGUGUCACUUCAGAUUGUAGGUGAGGGACUGUGUGGUUGGAUGCCAUGGGGAAAUGCGUUGGCUGCCCGUACAAAGCUAGCAUGUAACGGAACAUUGGGAAGCUGCCUUGUAUUGUGUCAGACCAUUGGUCCAUCUAGCUCAGUAUUGUCUACACUGACUGGCAGCGGCUCUCCUGGAUUUCAGGCAGGCAUCUUUUCUGGCCCUACUUGGAGAUGUCAGGGAUUGAACCUGGAACCUUCAGCAUGCAAGGCAGAUGUUCCACCACUAAGUUAUGAGGAAAUGACUAAACCACAGCCCCUUCUCUCUGACAUCUAGUUUCCUAGGCGUGUUGUGCAGUUCCUCCACCUGCUGCCCAAAGUGGUGCAGUUUUGCCACCUUAUCACACCACCUCAUCUGCUAGGCCAUGGACAGAGGCGAGCUACCCAUUCCUCCCCCCAUCUGUAAAUAACCUCUGUCCAGCUAUCCCCACAUAUUCUCUUUCUUGCCUAUUCGGCUAACCACCCACAGCUCAUCGUGGACUAUUUGCAUCUGUUUGUCUGACCUUACAACUGUGUGUCCCCUGAGACAUCAUUCACACAAGCACUCUGCCUGUGUCCUGAUGCUUCCCCCACACCUUGGAUUGCAUGGCAACACGUUCAUCAUAAGCAUCCCUGCCUGCACACCUCCACACAUGCACACAGGUGAAUUGGUGUAAGCAAACCCCAUGAUUUUUGCACAGUACCGUCCAUCCCAUCGUAGGGAAGCAGUGUAAAUGCAAAAAUUCUAGUUUGAUGCUUGUGAGAUUGUGUCUCCAUUAACCCUGUUUGCCACAUGUGGUAAACUAGCCCUGCCUUUUUCUAUCAAUCAGUCACCAAGCAUGGUUCACACUUGCACCCCAUCUGCACUAUACAUUUAAAGCGGUAUCAUACCACUUUAAAUAGUUGUGGCUUCCCCCAAGGAAUCCUGGGAACUGCAGUUUGUGAAGGGCACUGAGAGUUGUUAGGAGACCCCUAUUUGCCUUACAGAACUACCAUUCCCAGAGUUCCCUGGGAAGAGGGACUGAUUGUUAAACCACUCUUGAGAAUUGUGGCUCCCCCACAGGCUCACUUGCAAGGACUGUCUCUCUCUCUCCCCCCCCCAAUUAUGUACUUCAGCAGUUUUUUACCCAGGCAAGCCAAGGCACUGGCAAAGGGUUCUUUAACAUCCCACCCCACCCCACCCCACCCCACCCCACUGUGUAUAUCAGCAGAGAUUGUGGCAGACGUCUUCCCAUAUACAUCUCAGUGGCUCACUCCCAUUUGCUUGUUAUGGGGUAUGGAGUUUUGGUUUUGAACACCUUUGCCUUGGGGAGCACUCAAUCAUGCUAUCCCCAUCUGCAGUCUGAAGUGGUUUGGUCUAGCAAAAAACUUUACUGCUUGUUUCUGCUGUCUGACUAAACUGGCCCGUCAAAAAAAAAAGUUGCAGAGCAGGCCAGUUUGUAUAUGUUCUGUAGUGGGGUGAGCUGUCCUCUAUGAUCAAUUAAAAACCAGGGACAGGAUCCAGCAAUGUAUUUAAAUUUUCAAAGCAAGCAUGCAUACUCAGGAUCUCUUAACAGUUAAGGCAUUAUUUAUAUGUAUUAUUACAUGCUCCAUUUGUAACCCACUUAUCCCCACAAGGCAUAUCCCAGGCAGAUUCAUGUUUGAUGGAAACAGAGUAUGCUCUCUUGCUCAAAACAUAAGAGGUGCCUUGCUGAAUCAGAUCAGAGUCCAUCUGGUCUACCAUUAUUUGCAAGAAUUCCAGCUGUCAGCAGGCACUAGUUCAGAGGUGAGGAAUCUGUGGCCUUCUGGAUGUUGUUGGACUGCAGCUCCCACCAGCUCAGCCAGCAUGGCCAAUGGCCGGGUGUGUGUGAUAGGAGUUGGAGUCCAACAAUACCUGGAGGUCUAUAGACUUCCCAUCCCUGCACUAGGUGGUCCACCUGAUACUGUCCAGUGAUCUGCCAGUGGACUGUCUUCUGCCUAAUCCUGUACUAUACUAGUAUCUCCCCAUUCAUCUAUCUUAUAAUGCUGGGAUGGUCAACCUGUGGCCCUCCUGAUGUUGUUGGACUCCCGUUGCCAUAGUCCCCAGCCAGCGUGGCCAAUGGUUAGGGAUGAUGGGAGUUGUAGUCCACCAACUUCUGGAGGGUGAUAGGUUCCCCAGCCCUGUUAUAAUGGAUGUUAAAGGAUUCAUCUGCUCCCUCUCCCAUUCAUGUACUUGCUAUUCCAUCACAAUCAUAAUCCAUCCCAAAAUAUACUUGCCCAAAUCCACUUCUCUGUACAUCUCAUAACCCUCUCCUUAAAUGGGUAUUGUCACUCCCAACUCUGAAGCACCACAACACAAGAGAGAAGAGGAGGUGAUCUAGCGGAGAUAAUGCACCCUGUUUACUUUGGUCUCUUUGCUGGCUUUGUAAAUUUGCCACUUGGCUUCCAUUGAUGCCUUGCUAUCUGGGGACUGAAAUUUGUUUCAAAGCUGCUGAGGGAAAAAAUAUACCACUGUGUGUUAACAACAGAGGGGUGAGAGUUAGCUUUGUCUUUUGCAGGUCCCACCAAGCUCGGGCUGCUUUGGAAGAGCUUCUGCGGUGGAGUGCCAGCUUUCUCAAAUGCCUUCUGAAGUAUUUUGUGAAAUUAAAAGCAUGAUUUGAAUAAUGUCUCAUGAAGACAGGGUUUUCUCCUAGGAUUCCAAGAUAUUUUGGUGCCCAAGGCAGAAAAUCCAAGGAUAGAAAACCAACCACGGCCAGCCCUACCAUUAGGCAGGCAGAGUGAGGUGACUCUACCAGGUGGCUAGUUCUGGGCUUGCGUACACACUAACCUCACUGUAGCACAAAAUUUUUUUUUUUUCAAUCCAGAAUUGUUCAUGCUUAUCCUCAAAUGCUGCUUUCAAUCUACAUUAAUUCUAGAUCCUGCUAUCCACAAGGUUACUUUAUACUUAUUUGAAAACUCUCCCCUUGAUUAGGUUGUCCUUGCCUUUUCCUUCCUGCAUGUGCCCCAGGUGAAUUAAGUGGUGAUUGCGAUCUUGGUAGACAUCAACCCAGAACAUCAUUGGGCCUGUAUGGAUACCCCCCCCCGCCUGGAUCACCCACAACUGUUUUCAAAUUGACACACUGCGGAGUAAUACAGAAUCAAUCUGCAAUGAGCUUUUAUUUUUGGAAUGAAACCAGCUUCUCAAGAAGUGCUUUCCAGGGGCAAAACAUAUGCAAUAGAUCUAGAUUGUGUGUGGACUACAAUCCAGGGAUGCGGAGUCGGAGUCGGAAGCAAUUUUGGGUGGAGUCGGAGUCGGUAGAAAUGUACCGACUCCGACUUCAAAAUAAAUUUUGACUGACAAAUUUUUUAAAAUAUAAAUUCAAAAUGUCAAAGAAGCUUCCCAUGAAGUCAGCUAUAGUUGAGCAUUUCACCAUAACUCAAUACGGAAAACAUUUUGUGUGUCAGUGUAUGACACAGGACCCAGAUGAAGACAAAUGCUGUGAUGCCAAGAUCAGCUCAUAUUCAGGCAGUGAUAAAAAUGCUCCUAUGAGAGCUUCCAAUUUAAAAAGACAUUUACAGCCCUUUCCAGGGCUGUGGAGUCAGAAGCAAUUUUGGGUGGAGUCGGAGUUGGAGUCGGACAGUAGAAAAAUAGAGGAGGUGGAGUUGAAGGUUUGGCUUUCCAACUCCACAGCCCUGCUACAAUCCAUACCCAAGUACUCCAUUGAUUCUAGAAUAAAAUAUUGUGUGUACGCAGCCCACGUGCCAUGAAUGUGUAUAAAACUGGGAGAUGAUGAUGAUACUAAUUAAUAUUUUUAUUACACUUGCUGAAUUUUCUAUUGCAGGUACCAAAAUAAUUCAGCCAAACUUGGGCACCACUAUGCACUUGAGUUUUUGGGGUAAGGGGUGCCUUUGGCCUCAGGCAGCACCAUGUGUUGGGCCAGCCCCUGGCUUCAUCAAACAAGCCAGUUAACAUGGGACGCAAUCCAGAGGAUAGUUAGCUUAACACAGGACUCACUGAAAGGAACAGAAGCUGCACAAGAGUAUGAUUGCCUCAUCUUGCCUCCUCAUAGGACCACCUCUGGAUCAUGAUGGGCACUCUCUUUAUUGAGAUGUAUUAUCCCUGGUAAAAAUGGGGAGAAAAAACAUGUCCAGCUACAAUAAGACUGUACAAUCUCCAGGCUAAAUGCAGUCCACCAAGGCUCAACAAACAUUGAUUCUGCUGCGCUCCUAGGGCUGCAACAGCAGGAGGAGGUUGCCAAGCAGACCACAUAUAAUACAUACCCACAAUAGGCUGAGCACCCUGGACAGCUCCUUGAAAGUUCCGACUAAAACCUGGAGUGGAUUCCACUGCCUCACUGACAUGGUAUGGUAUGGUGGGUCACAGCACAUGCUGAUUUAAAAUCAAGGGUAGAUAAUGCCCAUAAUUUAAUUCAGUGUUGAGAAAGAAUCCAGACAUCCAGGCUUCCACAGCUGAAUCAUCAACAUCAGGGACAGGGAAUCCCUUUCCUGUUCACAUCUCCAUUACCUUGGGAACUUGUCUGGGUCUGUAUUCCAGCAGUCGGUGUGAACAGAGCCAAAAGUGGGUGGGGCCAGGCAAAUUCUCACACACACCUCCUUUACUUCCAAGGGUAGUACCAAGACCAGGUGUGGGAAACCUUUGGCCCCCCGGAUGUUACUGAACUACAGUUCCCAUCAUCCCUGUGGUCAUGCUUGCUGAGGCUGAUGGGAGUUGUCAUUCAGCAACAUAUGGAGGGCCAAAGGUUUCCCACGCCUAGACCUAUUCUCUAUACCAGUGGUUCCCAAACUUUGUUUCCCACGAUCCACUUGAAAACUGCUGAGGAUCUUGGUAGACCACUGAAUCAUUUUUCUGCCUCUUAUAGUAAUGUGGUGCGCUAUGCUAGAUUCUGUAUGAUUGUAACUGUGUUUAAAUUGCUUCUUUUAUGUUCUAUAUUGUAUUUUAUUGCAUUACGAUUUGCAUUCCACAGAAUUCAAACUGUAAUACAAUUAAAAAAAAAGAAAUAAAAGAAAAUAAAUAUAGGAAAUAAAAGAAGCAAUUAAAAUACAAUUAACAUCAAUAUUGUCAUGCCUCCCUCAGAGGACUCAACAGAGGAUGCAGGAGACCUCAGGCCCAGGGGAAGGGAUGAGCAGAGAGGCAGCUCAAGACUCUGGUUGUAAACACCUGGCCUCAGACACUGAGCUUAAAAGGCUGUGAGUGGCUUGGGCUCUUGGUGGACCUCCAUGUCAGAUCAUUGUCAGCCCUGCUUGUGAUCCUGUGCCUUCGACCUUGCCCUGCCUGUUUGGACCUUCAGUAUCUUGACUCUGGACUGCCCCCAAGAAGUUGUCUGUUCUGUACUCUUUCGGCUCUGCCCACCCGGUACCCACACUUGCUGCAUUUGCUGGCCUCUCCUCUUCAACUCAAGCCUGACAGAUUUAUGGCCCGGUUGCUGGCCAUUAUCUGCAGCUAUAAAUUAUUUCAGCUUGGUUGGCAGAGACCAACAAAUAUGAAAAUACAAUGUGAUAGAUGUGUGUCUUCAACCACAAAUCCACAGACACACUGUGGACCACCUAAAUGAAGCUUCUGGACCACUGGUGGUUUGCGGACCACAAUUUGGGAACCCCUGCUCUAUACUUGUUUAUACUGGUCUGUGCUGACUAUGAUCCACAGAGAACCUGCUGGAUAUGGUCCACAACAGUUUUCUUCCGCAUUCCCCCCUCCCACGCCAGCAAUGUGGCUCUGGCUCAGCCCUGGAACCUCUUUUGAAUGCAAUGAGGCAUGAAAUGUAAUAUGAAAGAGUUCUCUGAGCAUGUGCUGAGUGUCUUCAUUUCAGUCACUGAUUAACCAUGGACACAUGUGUUGAUUGCUUUAUG